GAGAGAAAGAUCACGCUGCGAUAGGUGGUGUGUGUGUGUGUGUGUGUGUGUCUGUCCAGAACCAGCCCAGACAGCCCAGGAAUUUUUUUUUUGAUCAGUCUUUUGGAACCCAGGCCAGAACCAGGAACAGUGACCUGCUCAUUUACCAACAUUUUCGGUUAAUGCUGUUAAUGUUUUCUACAUCAUUCAUUUGUUCAUUUAAACACCUAAUAUUCAUCAGUAAGAGGACUAACCUGGUAAUCCACGGACAAGUGAAUUGACGAAGUGCGAAUAGAGACGGAGUGAUGUUUUCUGAAUUUGUUCAGACUGAUGAGGAAUUAAAAGAUCUACCUACGUAAAAGGUUUGACAUGAUGGUAUGGACGCUUAUAUCAUAAAAGAAAAUAGCUCUUCUGAUCAGCCUCAUGAUAAAAAUGGAGUCAUGGACAUUACUCCCUGCUUCCCCUAACCUUUCUUUUCUUGAGCCUCUUCUAUAUGACAGCUUCUUCCCAGUCAAUGAGUCUGACUUUAGCCCAGAUAAUUAUCUUCAGAACAUCACUCACCACGCCUUUGAUCAGACAAGCUCUGUGGUUAUCACUUUUGUGUACUUUGUGGUGUGUGCUGUUGGACUCUGUGGCAACGCAUUGGUCAUGUAUGUGAUCCUUCGAUAUGCUAAAAUGAAGACUGUCACCAACAUCUAUAUCCUUAAUCUGGCUGUUGCAGAUGUCCUGUGCAUGUUAAGCUUGCCCUUUAUUGCAAUUCAGCUAGCAUUGCUUCACUGGCCUUUUGGUGCUGUUAUUUGUCGCAUUGUCCUAACCAUGGAUUCACUGAACCAGUUCACCAGCAUUUUCUUCCUGACCGUAAUGAGUAUUGACCGGUAUCUUGCAGUGGUGCAUCCAAUCAAGUCCACCAAAUGGCGCAAGCCACGAGUGGCCAAAACAAUCAGCUUUGCCAUGUGGGGGGUGUCACUGCUGGUUAAUAUGCCCAUUAUGAUCUUUAGUGGCCUGAACACUAAUAAAAAUGAGGCACGGACAUGUACUAUGCUGUGGCCAGAACCUCAAAACACCUACUACACUGCGUUCAUCUUCUAUACAUUUUUCUUGGGCUUCUUUCUGCCACUUAUUGUUAUUUGCCUUUGCUACCUGCUCAUUGUGAUCAAGGUGAAGUCCUCAGGUGUAAAGGUUUGCUCCAGCAAGCGAAAACGCUCUGAGCGCAAAGUGACACGCAUGGUAUCCAUUGUUGUGGUUGUGUUUGUGCUCUGUUGGCUGCCGUUCUACAUGUUUAAUGUAGCAUCUGUAACUGGCACUCUCAUUCCUACACCAGUGCUGAAGAGUACCUUUGAUUUUGUAGUGGUAUUGGGAUAUGCCAACAGUUGUGCCAACCCCAUUCUGUAUGCAUUCUUGUCAGAUAAUUUUAAAAAGAGCUUCCAGAACGUUCUUUGCCUCAAACGGGUGGCUGGCCUGGAUGAAAUUGAACGUAGUGACAGCCGGCAAGACAGGACACGGAUGGUCAAUGACAUCAUCACAGAGACUCAAAAUGCUGCUUUGCUUAAUGGCGAACUACAGACAAGCAUCUAAAAAAUUGGUGAAAUCUGGAUUUACAAAAAAUGUAUCAGGUCAGCUACAUUAGAAUGUUGGGAUUUCUAUAAAGGUCACUUUACUUCAGUAACAGAGAUUUCACACUACCUGCUUAAGAGCACAUUUGGGAGACACAAUAAAAUGCACAUGAAAGGUUUUGAUCUAUUUCAUGUUCAACGUCCAUUUACAUAUUGACCAGAAGGGGGAUGGUAUUCAGUUAGAUGAAGACUACUACAGUGGUACCUCGACAUACGAGUUUAAUUCGUUCCGUAAUCUUGCUCGUAUGUCAAAUUGCUCGUAUUUCAAAGCAAAUUUCCCCAUUAAAAUUAAUUGAAAUGCCAUUAAUCCGUUCCAGCCUCCAAAAUGCGACCCCAGUUUUUUUUGUUACGUGUUUUUGAAUGAGAAAAAUGUAUUUAUAAAUGACAAAUAUUGUAUAAAAACAUAAUAAAAGAGAAUGUAAAGAUAUAAUAAGGUUUUAGUGUAUUUUCCUUGGAGCUGAGACGACUUGAGCUAACGAAAAUGCCGGUGUGUGUGUGUGUGUGUGUGUGUGUGUGCUUGUGUGUGUGUGAGUGUGCGGAGGGGCGGUGGGGGUGGUGGGGUAGAGGCGAUAAAUGGAGGGAAAACUCGUUUUUUUACUAUCACUCCUGCACACUAUGUAUCCCUAAACUUUAAAAUUUGUACUUUUUCUUCUUUGCUUAUCUUAAUUUUCAUCACAAGCUUUCUGGCUUCGUUUUGCCAUCUAGCAGCGGCGUCUCGAGCUCGUAUCUCAAGUUUUUGCUCGUGUAUCAAAGUAAAAAAUCGACUGAGUGACCGCUCGAAUCUCAAAAAACUCGUAUGUUAGGGCACUCGUAUGUCGAGGUACCACUGUACCACUUUUUAAGGAGACCUGACUGUUCCAGCAAAAAAAGGUAUCAAUGAAGAUACUUUGGGAAUUCCACUCAAACAUUGUACAUUGCCACAUUUGUUUGUUUUGUGUUCUAUGUGCAACAGCAAUAACCUUUACUGUUUUUCAUAUCGAUUGCAUAAAAUGUGCUACUGUCUUUGUAUGUAAUCAGAAGUUAAACAGAAUUUAAUUUCCACAAUGUUGACUUGCAUAAAUGCGUCAGUUAUGACAUCAUUGUAAAAGACACAGUUGACAGGCAGAAGUGUAAAUGGAAGAAUAAUUUUGUUGAUGCAUACCUUCAUUGAACAAAAAUGUAAAUGGAAUCUGAAUACCAUCCAGGUCUGAGAAUUACACAUAUUAUAUCAAUAAUGUUGAAUAAACCCUAAAAUAAAAUAUAAAAUUUAUUAGCUAAUUAUAUAAUCUUAGCUAAUUAUAGAAAAACAAGACAACAGCAAAUUAUAGUACUCAUUGAAAUGUAAAGACUGCAAUUGCUAAAUAUCUUUGGGUGAAAUAUUAUUUCCGCACAUUGUUUCAUUUUUAUAUUAUAUGGGAAUCCUUGUUAUCGCAUAGUUGUGAUUUUCAGUUAUAUUUCUUUGCUUUUAAAUGCCUCUAAAUCCAUAUUUUUUGCAAAAGUCGAUGAUAUUCCAAAACUUAGAUGAAAUAUUAUUAUGAUGAAUGAAUAGACCACAUCUAAACAGCAAUUGUAAAUGCUUUAGUUUCCUGUGUAGACAAUGAUACUUACCAAUCCAUUAAAUGACAUACACCAUCCAAGUAAAUUAACAAUAAUUCAUAGACAUGUCUGUAAAAUAAUGUGCAGGUAUAUAAACUCAUAUUACACAAGCAUUGAAUUAUGUAUGUGAUUGUGUAAAAAUUUUUAUCUUGUUUAUCUGUAAAUAGUACACACAAUAAACUUUAAAAAGAAUUGA